CGACCUUCACUUUUCUCCGGUUCUCCAAUACUCUCGGUCGUUAGUACAAGUCUGCUUUGUAUUCCCUUUGGAACUUCGAGAAGGAACUUUUGGGUUAUAAUCGUGAACUUCAUCAGGAAGUUGCGGAGGCGUAAACUGUUCGUGUCCAGAUCCAACUGAAACACAAAGAGGUUUGAAUCGGGAAAGUGCCGACACAUGGCUUCCAGACAGCAGCUCCGAAGUCUGGUCGAGGAGACAAUUUGUCCCAUUUGUCUGGAUUUCUUCACUGAUCCGGUUACACUGGAUUGUGGACACAACUUCUGCCGCUCCUGUAUCACCCAGAGUUGGGAAAAGAAGGAGAUAAACUCCUGCCCGGAAUGUAGAGAGGAGUUUCCGGAAAGAAACCUCAGGGUAAAUCGGGCCUUAGCGAAGCUGGCCGAGAAAGCUCGAAAAUUAAAGCUGGAUCUGAAAGAGACGAGAAAUAAAGUUCACUGCGAGGAACAUCAAGAAGAUCUGAAGCUAUUCUGUGAAACUGACAAGAAGUUGGUCUGUUACACUUGCAGAGAUUCGCGAGAACACAGACAGCACUUCUUCCUACCGAUUAAAGAAGCUGUUGAAAUUUACAAGGAAGACAUAAAAUGUUCCUUAGGCGCUCUCACAAAAAAGAAGUCAGCGGCUCGAGAUAAGGAACUGAAACAACAACAGAAAAUUUCCGAAAUCAGGGAACAGGCGAGCAGUCUGCAGACCCACAUCACAUCCGAGUUCGCUAAAAUGCGCCAGAUUCUCACUGAGAAAGAGCAGCGUUUACUCAGAGAUCUCAGGGAAGAAGAGGAGAGGAUUCUAAAACCGAUGGAGGAAAACCUCCGGAAAAUUCAAGAACAUGUGGAUUUUAUUGAGCAAGAGCUUUCGCAAUUGCAGGAUCAAGUGAAGCAAAACGACGAUCUGAUAUUUCUGAAGGAAGAAGCUGCUUGGAAGAGAAGGAUUAGCGAGGAACGCCAGAUACUCGCAAUACAAGAUGUUGGCAUGUCAACCCUGUUGACCGGGAAGUUUGAUGGUCCUCUACAGUAUACAAUAUGGAGAGAAAUGAUUCAUACCAUUAAUCCAGCUCCAGCAUCUCUGACUCUGGAUCCAAACACAGCGCAUCCCCAACUUAUCCUGUCUGAGGACCGGACCAAUGUGAGACACGGAGACAAACGUCAGCCAAUCCCUGACUGCCCAGAAAGAUUUGAUUCCUGGCCCUGUGUCCUGGGAAUGGAAGGAUUCAUAUCAGGGAGACACUAUUGGGAGGUUGAUGUGUCGAACAAGACUCAGUGGAGUCUGGGAGUGACCAGAGAAUCUGCUGAGAGAAAGGGGAAAAUUGACUUUAAACCUGAGACUGGAUACUGGAUUGUCUGGCUCGAGUCCAGAAGCUUCUUUUCGGCACUCACUGCACCUUCUUUAACCCCCCUUCCGCAAAGUGUGAAUCUCCAGAAAAUUGGAGUUUACCUGGACUAUGAGGGUGGACAGGUGUCAUUUUACAAUGCGGACACCAUGUCCCAUCUCCACACUUUCACCCACACUUUCACUAACAGGCUCUUUCCUUUCUUCCAUCCUGGGUUGAAUGGUGGGGGUAACAAUUCUGCACCACUGAAAGUCUGUGGCUUUAAAUUUAGUAACAUAUCCAUCCUAUAAUUUUACCCUGAUCCCCCAAAUCCUUCCAACUGAUCAGUGUCAGUCUCAGUUACAGGUGGAGAGAGAAGCCAGGUUAACGUUCCAGGAAUAAACCAUCUAUCAGAACUGGGAACUGAAAGAUCAGCAAGGAGUUCUAUAGGGCUGAGGGAUAGAAGAAGGACAGAGAAGUAACAAAAUAGGUUCAACUGUAGUGAGAAAUUCUCUGGGUAAAUUGAGGUACCAAUUACAGACAAACAAACAUAAUUGGAUGGAGAAAUUCAGCAUCAAAAAAGGAUCAAAAUCUCAACUCUGUUAUUCUCUCUACUGAUGUUACCAGACCGACUGAGUUUCUCCAGCUAUUUCUGCUUUUAUUUCAGAUUUCCUGCAUUUGUAAUUCUUUGUAAUGUACAGAUGAACUGCAGGAAGCCGGCCCUUACGGCUCCUCAAUAGGCGGCAGGUGGCGCUACCUGACGGUGUUGGUGAUGAAUCAGUCAGUGAUUCUCGGACUGGACUCAGUGGAGUUUUGUCAGGGGGACACCAAAUCAUUUCACUGCAGGGUCAGUGGAGUCUUUCCAAGGGGACACCAAAUCAUUUCACUGCAGGGUCAGUGGAGUCUUUCCAAGGGGAUAACAAAUCAUUUCACUGCAGGGUCAGUGGAGUUUUUCUAAGCGAAAAAUGUUGUCAUCCAGUUUGAUUAAGAUGAUGUCUGAACUGAUCAAAUGUAAAUGUCAUGAGAUAAUCUUAAUCACAUUGAAGUAGUUCAGUUGUUAUACACUACACUUCUAACAGAAUCAUUGUUUAAUUUAUCACUGGUAUUGUCUGGGUUGACUCAUCAUGACAUGCUUCAGUGAAUUAAUCCAUUAAUCACUCCUCUAUGAAAUUAUUUGCUCUGUUACAUGCAAUAUUGAUGUUUACAUGUAACUUGUUGUUUGUGGCAUAUAGAGAAUUGUGAUUUAUUUUGACAUUUUAUGAUUCCUAAUAUAUUUCUAAAUAUACAUUUAAUGAUAAUAACCCUGGAAUAGAUGUAUUGUAUUGAAA